UUCCAGUUUCUUGCCGUCUUGCGACAAAAGACUACGGCGCAGUUCAGAUUCCAACUUCCUAGGGGCAAGGACACUCUUAGUCCAUAGAUAACAGCCGUCAGGUAUUGUGCUAUCUACGUGCUAACUGUUGACAAAAUGACAAUUAAAAAAUAUAAGUGGUUUUGACUUUUGUUGUUUAACUUCUUGGAGUCGCUUUUGUUAUGAUAAGAAACUAAUAAUAAACCAUUUCAAAAUCUUUGAAAUGGUCGUAUUUUUUAAUUUAAAUCUUGUUUGUUUCUUUAAGCAUAGUGUAUUGCAAAGUGUAAAGUAUACUGUGAAGUGAUUUUAUGGGAUUCAGGGAUUUCGAGGAAUUCAUAACAUAACAGGAAAAUUAGAUAUACACUUCAUUUUACGCUGAAUAUUUACCUCAACACCCAUAGUGUUAGGACGCAUUAGUGUUUUAACUUUAGCGAUGAUUAUUAAUGUGGAAUUUUGUAUAUUUGGUGUAAUUUGAUUGGGACUUUCAAACCUCAAGAAUUAGCUCUGAGUUAACUUUAGUUUGACAAUGUUGCAUUAAAUUGAUUGCAUAAAUUCCUGUGACUUCGAGUUUAUUCGUGGGGUGUGACAAGCAGAGAUGCAAUUUCAAAAUGCCAAGGGUGGCGGUAUGGUGGUGUUUAAUGUUGUGUGGAUGGAACGGAGGAGCUGCUAGUCCUGAAUUGAAAGAGGAAGUUCCAGUGUUACGCUGUCCUCCAAAUGUUAAUGCUUCUCAGUGUCUGUAUCGAGGGCACCAAGCUGAUGAGUAUUUGUUUAGUCUGCAAGGAAAAGACGUAACGGUGAAGUAUGGUGCGAAGCAUUUCAAACUAUCAUGUCCUGAAGGCAUGAACUUGGAAGAUGGCAUACUGCCAGCAUUUGCACACCCAACCGCUGUGUCCACCCUCACGCUCAACGGGUGCACUCCACCCGCUGCGUUGGCACCCGCUCUAGCCGCACUCAAUCUUUCUCUCACUGCGCUUACCGAUCUAACUCUUCGUGGUCUGCCGGCAUUGCCAGCCGAGACACUGUCGCUUUGCAGUAGCCUAAACCUAACCUCAUUAGAACUGUGCGCGGACCGCGGAAGGCCGACCCUCAUUGCUGAUACACUAAAAGACUGUACCAGCCUCGUCACUCUUCGCCUCAUUGGAGUUGUCAUCGAUGUUGCGGCGCUCAGCCUGCUCCCCGUCUCCUUACAACAGCUGGCCUUGCGCCGUGGCGGCCUCGAAGAGCUGCCACCCACCGCGUUGCAACGCCUCACCAUACUGGAAAGACUUGAGAUCCAGAGUCAUAGACUGCGAACCGCCCCUCUCGCAGCGGCGGCAAAUCUUCGUGCCGUCGUAAUUCACGCGCCACUCAGCAAUCUCACCGUAGCCGCGAAACUCGAAAAUUUGACGCUGAGCGGUGGCGCUGCCGCGGUGGUCCCCAACGGAACCUGUAACGUGCGGUCAUUGCGACUGGUGGGCGCCCCAGAAAAUGCUACAACGGAGUGGCUGCGAAGCUGCAGCCAAUUGAAGUCACUAACAUGGUACUGCGCUGCACGUGGGACCGCCGGCCGGAUUCCGCUACCGCCCGCGGCCUCUCUAGAGGAUCUGAAGGUUCACCGUUGUCGGUUGGACUCAGUGAACGAGGCGUGGCUUCGCGGAGCCCCGGCGCUGAUCAGAUUAGAAUUAAUGGAUCAUGCGGCGACGGCGUUGCCGCGGGAAUUAUUAGUAUGGAACGUGGCGCUACGCUCGCUAUCGCUUCGGUCCACUGAAUUGAAUCGCCAGUCGGUGCGGGCAUUGGCGACAGCUGAGCUCCUGCAACUGCGUGAGCUAGAUCUCAGCGACAAUCCUUCGCUGGGCGACCUUUGUGGUGGCGGGUCCAAUGUAGAUGUAAACGCAGUAUCCGCCCUGGUGAGAUUACGCGCGUUACGUGUCUUGAGAUUGCGAGGUACCAACGCCACACGUCUCUGUCCUGACUGGCGCCGAGAUCUGCCUGCUUUGAACCUGGUCGACCUACGCAAAAACAACAUCUCCCGCCUCCAGGGGGAAGAUCUACAGUGGUCGCAAGCAAACGUGACGGUCGAAUUGUGUGGCAAUCCACUCGAGACUGUAAGCUAUUCUGGAGAGCAAUACCGCGCCGCGCUCGUCGAAGCGCCGUCGCGCGUCAACCUACACCUUUGCGACGACGUCACCUCCAAUCCAUGUCUACGCUGCGAUUGUGACGUUUAUUGGUUCGCGCACGCCCUCCGCGAUCGACCCGCCCACGCACCUCCAGCUCUCGCCGCCUUACGUUGUUCCGGAGGCACUCUUUUGCGGGACAUGCCGCUUGAAGAUCUCACAUGUCCAGUGCCAUCGCCGCCGUGUCCACGCGCCUGUCGUUGCGCUGCAACGGGCGAAGCUGUUUCCGUCAGCUGUAGCCGCGCCGAGCUUGACGCCGUGCCAUCCUUACCUUCCGAAUUGCCCGUGCGGACUCUGGAUCUAGCGCACAACGCUUUGACGCGACUCGGUCCAGCUUUACCCGCCAACCUGACUCUGCUGGACGUCUCACAUAACCGUCUACAGCUAGUGGAUUUGGAAGAGGUGGAGGCAGCGUUAAACGCGUCGCGGCGAUUGCGUCUUGCCGGGAAUCCAUUGAGCUGCGAGUGCGCGGCACGGGAAGCAGUGGCUGCGCUGAUUGCGGCGUCUGCGCGAAUAGAGGACUGGUCCCAAGUGCGUUGCUCAGACGGCGGCUUAAUAGCUGCAUUGCAGGCGGGAGCGUUAUGUGCGCGGCCGGCGUUAACGGCAGCGUUGGUUACAUUACUUGCGGCGACAGCACUCGCGGUGAUGUCUCUCGUCGUAUUCCUUACAAGUCGGCGAGCCAGGAAACGAAUUAAGUGGUUCCUAUGGUGGCGUUGGCGUGGCGCUGAGAUCGAAGCAGAAGAAAUGGAUGCAAAACAUGCGCGGUAUGAGGCAUUCGUAUCGUUCGCAACAAGUGAGGCUGGUCGCGCGGCAAUAUUGGCUGCGCGACUGGAAUCGCAGGGGCGUCGCUUAUGCCUCCACCAUCGUGACUGGGCGCCUGGUGAACUCAUUACAGAGCAGAUAGCGCGCUCUGUUCGCGAUUCCCGACGAACAAUUGUGCUGCUGUCAGAUGCAUUUCUAGAAUCGGCAUGGGCGCGUGCCGAAUUUCGUGCCGCGUGGGCGUUAACCCAACGCGAGCGCACGCCGCGUCUGCUGCUCGUCCUGCUGCCUGAAUUGACAGUGCCGCGUUCGACGUUAGCGGCAGCGCUGCCCGCGGAUCUAUCCGUUGCCGUGGCAACGUGUACCUAUCUGGAAUGGGAUGAACCGAAGUUCUGGGAACGCCUCGAACGUGCGGUUCCAUUACCGCUCGUCUCUGUUGCAUCACCUGAUGAGAACGGCUCCAAUGACGCUCAACGUUAUUAGAUCUAUCCAAUACAAGUAUUUCUAAGACUGUUUUUGAUAUUAUAGUUUUUAAAUGUAUUAUUUUUGAGAAUAUGAUAUGAACUGGUGAAACGGUAGAUGGGUUAGUAAGUAGUUAGUAAUGAUAAACUCGAAUUAUGUUAUAAACGAAUUAAUGAUAUCGCUUGCCCCGGUUUUAAUGUUUUCGCAUUUUUUGCUUCCUUUGGUGAUGUACUACUUAUAACUGUACUUUUUUUCAGAACUUUUGCAAACAUUUUAAUAUAAAAAAAACUGGAUGUUUUUAUUGUAAAGUAAUUACUUUUAUUUGUAUAUGUAAUGUACUAGUAAUGACUAAUGAUAGCAUUACCUUCUUUUAUUUUUCGUGGAAAAAAUAUAGAUUUUGCAUUUACGACUUCCUCGGAGCAAGCGAAAUAUUUUAAUACUUUUCUGAUAUAGAAUCUCUGUGAGCCGAUCUUAAAAGAUUUUAAAAAGGGAGACUGAAACAUCACAAUACAGACUAUAAAGAAUUGUUUAUUAAUAUUUUAAUGGUGUUAACAUUUAUCAUUUAAAUAUAAAGUUUGGGUUGCCAUAUCUAAUAGUUUAUUUGAUUUUAAGUUUUUGAUAAAAUAUUUAUUCAAUGUUGAAGUGCGCAGUACGCAUUAAAAUUGUAAUUAAUAUUAAAAUAAUUUAUAAGAGAAGAAAGUAUUCGAUUUGUAUUAUACAUGUUUUUACAUGAUGGAAGUAUUUUAAAAAAAAUUGUUUUUAUUUUGAUAAGGAGCUGCAUUAAAAUGCAAUUUUCUAAGGAAUCUGACAGUAAUUGGUUUUCCUAAAGACGAAUUUUAAGCAUGUAUACUACGCCUUUAACGCCGAAGUUGGGAAUCUAAAUCAAAUCCCCCAGUGAAUUAAAUAAUCAUAGGUUUUUAAAAUAGUGUAUACCUAUUUUUAUUGUAAAACGUCAAAUCAGUAUUGAAAGCUGUCAAACUAUUUUUAUAAAAAUUGUAAUUUUUUAGAUUGUGACUUGAGAUUUUGGAAUAUAUACAUAUACAUAUCUUG